AUGUCGAGCUAUGCUCAUAAUUCGAUCAUACAGGUACCAAAUGCAAUUUGGAAGGAAAACGGAGAAUCAUUGACAAAGGGGUGCAUCUACAUAAUAGAGACUAGCCCUCCCGAAGUGGUUAGAGCAUAUCAACAACAGUUUGCGAAUGACUUUUAUUCAUUUCUGAAAUCUAGGGCACAAGAGAUCGUCGAAGGUGGUAGGAUGGUCAUUAACAUGAUGGUUAGUACAUUAACCCAUGGCCCCGAACACAUGUGGGUACACAAGCUGAUGAACGUAGUGUUGAGGGAUAUGCUACAUCAGGGGUUGGUUGAUCAGAAGAAAGUGGAGGAAUUUAACAUCCCUUUCUAUCCUCCGACAAUGGAAGAAGUUAAAACAUUGGUAGCGAGCGAAGGAUCAUUCGUUAUACACAAGCAUGAAAUCUUCACCUUAGAUUGGGAUAUGCCACUGGAAUUAGGACACAAGAUUAUUCAUGAUGGGUUUAGCAGAGCAACGUUUGUAGCAGACACGGUUUGA